AUGGAAAUGCUGUUCAUCUUAAGUGUGGUGAUUUCAAUUCUACUUUGUACCACAACACUUUCAACUGGCGUUUAUCUUGACUCUCAUCUGAAUAGUGUUUCACUGAGAGACGAUAAUGAUCGUGGGGAAGAGCAGCAUCGAUUACCACAUAACGUGAUUCCAGUAUCCUAUGAUUUACUGCUCCAAGUUCAUGUGCACAAUAUUCAUGAAAAGUUGUAUGUACACCCAAAUAAAAUAGAGGUAUAUCGUUUGAAUAAAUCUGGUGAAAGGGCGGAAGAACUUGAAGUUGAACAUGAUUUUCGAUAUGAGGAUACUGACCUGUAUUUUAUAAUACUUGAACCUCAGUUAAAAGCCAAUAACUAUUACGAAUUAGUUUUUGGACAGUUUAGUUCAUUUGUAGGCAGUGAAGUAGCCGGUUUCUUUGUUGUCAAAUACAUGGAAAACGGUUCAAAGAAAUAUCUAGCCAGCACCAGGAUGCAGCCGAUCUAUGCCAGACGCGUAUUUCCAUGUUGGGAUGAGCCUGACUUCAAGGCACAAUUUCAGAUUAACAUCUUGCAUCACAAGGAUUUCAAUUCACUUUCAAAUAUGCCGUUGGAAAGCACUGAAGUAGUCAAUAACACUUGGCAUUUGGACAGAUAUCAGAUGAGUGGAAAUAUGUCGACACAUUCACUGGCAAUUGUUGUUUCACAGUUGUCACCAUUACACCGUAAAGAUUCAAAGGGAAGAAAUUUCACGGUAUGGGCAAGGCGAGAAAAGCUCAACUUUACAAAUUAUGCACUAAACGUCACCAAAGAACUCAUUGGAUAUUUUGAAGACUAUCUGGGAAUUCCAUAUCCACUUCGAAAAUUCGACAUUAUUGCAAUGCCCAGGUGUGGAAGUGAAAAUGGUGGUACUUUCGGUUUACUAACAUAUUCAGAAUGUGACAUAUUAUGGGAUCCUGAAAGUGAUCCAGUCAGUUUACAAGUCUGGGUGACUGGUGUUGUUUCAAGACAACUUGCUCAUCAGUGGUUUGGCAAUAUUGUCACAAUGAAAUGGUGGGAUAGUUGGUGGGUCAAUGAAGGACUGAGCACAUUGUUUCAAUACAUUGGAAUGGAUCAUAUUUAUUCAACAUGGAAUAAGGAUGAAGCUUUUCAAUUGUACGUUACACAGAGAGCUUUGAAUGCUGAUUCCACUGUAACAUCAAUUCCACUCGAUCACCCAGUUCUGUCGAAAAAUGAAAUUGAAGAUACUGUCUAUUCCACAACAUACAACAAGGCUGCUUCUCUUCUACGAAUGGUUCAAUCAUUUGUGGGACAAAAUGCAUUUCAAAAUGGUAUAAAAAACUAUCUACAUGAAAACCAAUUCGGAAAUGCUGAUGCUGACGAUUUAUGGAGACGACUAACUGAAGCAGCAGUUAAAGCUGGAAAGGAUGUUAACACUAAAUCAGUCAUGGAUACAUGGACGAGGCAAACUAACUAUCCACUCUUGAUUAUCAAUCGAAGUGGAGACAAUGUCUUCAACUUUAAACAGAUUCACUACUUCAAGUCUUCUGAUGUAAAUCCACCUUCAUCACCUUAUGGGUAUAUCUGGCAAAUACCGUUGACAUAUGAAUCAGCCAAUAGGAACACGCUUGAUGACACCGAAGUUAUAUGGAUGCCGAAUCGCACAAUAACGAAGAUGUUGAACAUCAAGUCGAGCGAUUGCUACAUCUUCAAUAAACAACAAGUUGGAUAUUAUCGUGUACACUAUGCUGACAAUAACUGGCAAUUACUAAUCAAACAGUUGUCUGACAAUUUCCAGACGAUUCCAGUUUAUUCACGUCUACAAAUUUUGGAUGAUCUCUUCAACUUGGCCAACAAUGAUGUUGUACCGUAUACUGACUUUCUGAAUGCGACAAAAUACCUGAAACGGGAGAAUAGUUAUGCAGUUUGGGAAACAGUGAAACAUGCAUUUUCAUUCUUCUAUCGGAUGUUUGCUCUGAAUGAUGGUUAUGCAGAUUACCAAGCCUAUCAACAAGCUCUUCUUGAUGAAUCGCUUAAAUCAAUCGAUUGGACAACGAUGAAGGAGGGGGGUGAUGUUGAGAAGAACCUGUUACGCGGAUAUCUGGUGCAAUUGGCUUGUCAAGUGGAACUUCAAUCUUGUGUAACCAGUGCUCGAACAUUGUACACGAAAUGGAUGCGCGCACCUGAUAAAAAUCCCAUACCACGUAGUCUGAGAGCGAGUAUUUACUGCUUGGCAGUACGUUCUGGUGGCCUAAAGGAGUGGCAUUUCUUGACUACUCAGUUAUUGGCAAAUGGCACUGAUGAAGUAGAAGACUAUAAUAUGCUGUAUGGAUUAUCCUGUUCCAAUAAUACCAAUAUUAUAAGAGGAUACAUGGAUUGGAUAGUUCAUCAUCAAGACUUUUGGUAUGCCUUACCACUUCUCGCUGGAUCACCAGCUGGGAAUAACCUACUUUGGCAGUAUGCUAUAGAUGGAUGGAAGAAUAUCACAGAUGAAGGCAACACUGGAUCAGAGGAACGAACACGUCGCUUGAUAACAAGAUUAUUACAUAUACUAUCUGAUCAGGAUGCAAGUUUGACAAAUAUUGCGAAACAGGAGGAGAUAAUUAAACUGAGAGAUAAUUAUGUGAUAAGUGGACGAGACUCUUCAUUUGUGACAAAACUUGGUGAAUACUUCAAGGUUUUUGAACAAACAAUAGACUGGAUGAACAUCUACGGUCAUGUUAUCCGACAGUGGUUGAAAGAGAAUUUUAAAAGGAACAAAGCCUGA